AUCGAAGAAAGAACUAGACCAUUCUUCAAAGGUCGGUUCUUUCCUAGAUAUGACGCCGGAGGAAAAUGAGGAAUUGGUGGGAAAACUCACAUCAAAUGCCAAAUACUGGUACGAAGACCGAGUUCCACAACAAAAGCUGGAAUGUAUGAGGUGGACACUUUCACCGCACUUAAGGCAAGUAUGGAAAGUCUCAUCAAGCGGACCAUCCAAGAUCAGUUCAGUGCAAGUUCGCAUCCAAACAAACAACGUGAAUCAAUUGCUCAGGCCGAUGCUUACUAUCAAGGAGGAUCUAGUUCACACCAAAAUGAACUGGUCAUGUCUUGUGAAUCUUGUACAGGUGCACAUCUGACAUCUCAGUGCCCGUACAAUGAAAGCACAACAAAGGAACGGCCACGUGAAGUACACUUGGCACAAUAUGCCAACAAAGGGGAAGGACCAUGGGCCCCUAAUCAGUACCAGCCAGCUUAUCAGCACGAUGAUCCUUCGAGGGAGCGCAACAAUAACAAUUUCCUGCGAAAUAAUCGUUCAAGGGACGAUUACAAACAAGGCGGCUGGAACAACAACACCAAUUGGAAUAGUCAAAGAGGGUCUGGCUAUAACCAAGGGGGAAAUACUCAAGUGUAUGUUCCCCCACACCAAAGACAAGCUGAGGAUCCUAUGGCCGAAAUGAAGAGGAUGAUGGAGGAGCAAAAUAAAAGGAGUGAAGAAAGAAUUCAAAGGUUAGAGGAAUCUAUGAGACAACUAAUGGAUAAGAUGACAAUCAGACCUCCUGGAACUCUCCCUGCUAAAACUGAAACCAAUCCACGCGAACAUCUUAACGCUGUUACUCUACGCAGUGGAAAGGAAGUUCAAGGUGUUGGUCAAAGUACUGAACCAACAUUGGAGGAGGAGUCUGAGGUUGAAGUAAUUAGUCAACCAACUGAAGAAAAUAAGAAGGAACCAGAAAAGAAAGAAGAAAGGAAGGAUAAGGAACCUUCCCAGUCCCAGCAUGCAAACAGCAAUCUCCUACCAAAGAAGGUGACCGUACCCUUUCCAUCAAGGGUAAAGAAGAAGAAUGAUGAUCAAGCUUUCAAGAAGUUUUUAGACAUCAUGGGCCAAGUGGAAGUUAAGUUGCCUUUGAUUGAUGUCUUAACUGAGAUGCCAAAGUAUGCCAAGUUCAUCAAAGACUUGGUUAUGCAUAAAAAGGACUGGGAAGGGGUUUCAAUGAUCAAUCUGAAUGCGAGCUGCUCCGCGUUGCUACUCCAACAAUUACCUGAGAAGUGCAAGGAUCCAGACCCUACCGAAUUUUGUCAUUCUGUCAAAAUAUUGAAGGACAAAGGGUCUGUCGAGACGCUUCUUGGUCUAGAGGCAGUGUUGAAGGAGGAAGAGAAUGAAGGGAUUAAGUGUGAGGAUGUUCGGGAAGUAGAAACAAAGGGAUCUGAUACCCUAGAACUGAAGCCACUUCCCAAACAUCUAGAAUAUGCAUUUCUGGAUGACGAGGGCAAAUGCCCGGUUGUCAUCGCAUCUGAAUUGACUGUGGAUCAAAAGGCCGAACUAUUGACCGUUCUUCGACGGCACAAGCAAGCAAUUGCUUGGAAGUUGGAGGAUAUUCAAGGAAUCAGCCCGGCCUUUUGCACCCACAGAAUUGCAAUUGAAGAAGGGUUCAAGCCUGUUGUUCAAACACAACGUUAAGGACCGGAAAGGGUCUGCAAAUCAAGCUGCUGACCACCU